AUGUCUUUUGGGUCCAAAAAUCAUCAAAGUUCACAAGCGGUAGGGGGUGAAAAGAAUGAUUUGCCUACCACCGCUGUUUCUUUAGAUUUCAACACAACUUCAGUUCGCAUUCACGCAGCUGGAACUAAUCAAUCCGAUGUCUCCAGCGUGAUCCUUGAUCGAUUCGAUUGGAAAGAGCCCAUACUUCCAGGUUAUGACUUCGCCUAUUCAACUACUAAAUCCAAAUCCCUCAAUGAGCGGCAGCCAAUGUUGGUGUUCCGCACUCAAAUACUUAUCUCUUUAUUGCUGGAGAAGAUUACUGCAAGUGCGUAA